AUGGAGGGAGGUGAUCGUUUAGGUGCUUCUGUAACUAAAAGAAGGAGAGGCAGCUCUGGAAAAGACAUAUUCAUGGGGGAAACUUACGGAAACAAAGAAGAAAAAAUUGAAGAAUGUGCAAAAGAAGAAGAAAGGGAAAGCAAGAGACUUGAAAAGCCAAAGAAGUCGACUAAGACUAAGAGAGUAGAUUUUAAAAAAUUGGGGUUAGAGCCACCGCCAGAUCUUCCCGAUGAAUGGAAGAGGGAAAUUAUUAGAAAAGGAGGUACUGAUACCAAGUUAGUGAUAAUGAAACAAAUAUUUAAGACUGAUACAAGCGCCCAUCAUGAUCGUUUUACAAUUCCUUGGAAGCAAGUAAAAGAUCAUGAGUUUCUUACUAUGGAUGAUAGAAGAAAAAUAGAUUCGCCCAAAGAUACUUUUUCUGUUAGCCUAAUGGAACCAUGUGGGCAUGAGUCUGAGUUAGUUUUAAGGCGAUGGAACUUCCAAAAUAAGAAAUCAUUUUCAUUAGCUUUAACUACUAGAUGGAAGGAAGUUUUAGAAAGAAAUUUUACUGGAAUGGAUGAAAUUACCAUAAUACAACUUUGGUCAUUUCGGGUUAAUGGAAAACUUUGGUUUGCUUUGAUUAGAGUUCCAAAAGAACUAUAUCAUCAUCAUCUCACUGAUGAUGAGUGA